CUGAGUAAACAAGCACAUGAUAGUCAGUCGGGGUGUUGUGGUGACUAAUGGGCGGUUUCUGGUGCGAGGCAAUUACAACAACGGCCAUGGCCACCCGUGUGCAAACACUAGCUCUUCUUCCCCUGUUCCUUCUCUUCUCCCCUGCGCCCGCAGCUGAUAGUAUCAGCGCGACCUCUCCCGUCGCCGAUGGCCAGACGCUCGUUUCUGCCGGUGGAGUCUUCGAGCUUGGGUUCUUCACCCCGCCGGCCUCGACGGCGAGGUUCUUGGGCAUCUGGUACAAGGGCAUCGCUCCUCUUACUGUUGUCUGGGUCGCCAACCGGGAAGCACCCAUCACCGGCACCGCCGCGAGCUUGGCCAUCAACGGCACCGGCAGCCUGGUACUCGCCGAUCGGUCGGGACGUCCGUUCUGGUCCUCGGCGCGGUCGAACGUAACCAGCAGUACUCCGGUGGCCCAGCUCCUGGACAGCGGCAACCUCCUGCUUCAAGACGCCAGUGGCACGGGGUCGGUUCUGUGGCAGAGCUUCGACUACCCGUCCGACACUCUGCUCCCGGGUAUGAAGCUCGGGUGGCACCUGGCCACGGGGCUCGACCGCUACCUGACGACGUGGGCGAGCCCCGGCGACCCGUCGCCUGGCGACUACACGUUCGCGAUCGACAUCCGCGGCGUGCCGGAGGGGUUCAUCUGGUACAACGGCACGGCGCCGGUGUACCGGAACGGGCCGUGGAACGGCCUGCGGUUCAGCGGCGAGCCGGAGAUGGCGCCGGACAACGGCAACUUCCAGUUCGAGUUCGUGGCCAACGGCACCGACGCAUACUACACGUUCCUGGUAGACGACGGCGGCGGCGGCAACGUGGUCUCGAGGUUCGUGCUGAACCAGUCGAGCCUGCAGCGCUACGUGUGGCUGCAGCAGCAGCAGGCGUGGAGCCUCUACUGGUCGCUGCCCCGGGACCCGUGCGACGGCUACGCGCAGUGCGGCGCCUACGGCGGUCUGCGACGCCAGCGCCUCGCCGAUGUGCUGCUGCCCCGCCGGUUCACGCCCGGCCUCGCCGGGCGGGAGUGGGCGCUGAGGGACGGCUCGGCCGGGUGCGCGCGCAGGACGCGGCUCAACUGCACCGGGACGGCUUCCUGCCGCUGGCGGGGCGUCAAGCUGCCCGACGCCACGAAUGCGAACGGCGGACGCCAGCGUCAGCCUCGAUCAGUGCCGGCAGCGGUGGCCUGGCGAACUGUUCUUGCCUGGCGUACUCUGCGUCGAGCAUAA